AUGAGGCCAAGGAUUCUGCGCCUGAGUCGCGUGGCUAGCAAGAAAGAAGCGGGGUCCAUAGAAAAAAGAGACACUGCAACCGGGAAAGGAACAAGCAGCGUGCUACUAGACGAGCCUGCCUGCUACGACUUCGCUUUCGCUUAUGGCAAUCCCUCGUUCAGCGACCGCAUCAUUUGGCUGCAAGGGCCGGAACCAGUUCAAGAUGGAGAUCAAGCGGUGGUUCGUAAGAAGGUCCCUGUCAACAGCGCGAUCGUUGCGGCGAAAAGUCUUGUCUUUCAAAACAUGCUCUCCAAUGGCAUGGCUGAAACCGACAAAGACCGCCCUGUGAUCGUCAACGUAGACAGCGAGCAAGAGGAACGAGCCGUCUUAGAGAUGCUCUACUUCGUCUACACGGGAACCUUUUCCACGCCGUGCCUAGAUCGCGGCGACCGUUGCGAGGAGCUCGUGGCCUUGUUAACCGUCGCCGACAAGUACGGGGUCGCCGGAAUGGUCGCUGCCGUCAGCAAAGUCUGGGCGAAUCUGCUUGACGACUUGGAGUGGCUACAGCACACGGCGUUCCAAUUGCCCGCGCCUUAUCUCCAAUACGUCGCCGUCAAGAGCCUGAAAGCACAAGCGUGCGACACACUUUUCCAGCGGUUCAAGGAGGUAACGCUCUGGGACGAUCCCGUGUUCAAGUUACUGAGCUUGGAGGGCGUUUCGUACUUGCUGGGAAGAAGCGACCUGGAAGCGAAAUCCGAAGAAGAGGUGUUCACGCAGACCCUGGCAUGGGUCAGGGGAAAUUUUGAGGUGAUGGAGGAACGACAAGCCGCCAUGCGCGAGCUGUGCGCGCGUAUCCGCUUCGCGCGCAUGUCCGGGGAGUUUGUCCAAGAACACGUCAUCGACAUUCCGGAGAUGGCCUUUCCGCUCGCGCAGCGGAACGUCACGGAAGGGCUAGCCUUCGCAGCGUCGUCUCGAUCUCCCAAGGAGCUGAAUGAAGACAGCCGGUUUCAGGCGCGGAAACCCAACACGUUUGUGCUCCGCUUCGAGGCGACCCUUGACGCGCAAAGUAGCGACCAAUGGUCGCCGGCGGUCGAGCGGAAUGGUGCAACGUGGCACGUUCUGGUGAGAAAGCAGAGUCAGGGAGCGUCGAGUUCUUCGAAGAAGUCGACCGUUGGGGUUUUCUUGUCGAUUGCUCAGACUGACGUGGCGAGGCUCACGAAGUUCUCGAAAGAGGUGCAAAUGCAAACCUGGGUGAAAAAAGUCGCCGACGGGAAGUGGGCAUUGCAGCGGUCCGAAAAGCAUUCGCUUGGGCCGACGAACUUAGAGGGGGGCCGUGGAGACGUUUUUGCGAAGUCGUGGGAGCAAGUCGGACGGGGCGAAUAUGUGGAUGCGUCGGGCAAAGUAGCACUGAGAGUUGUAGUGACGGUCCUAUCUCAAGCAUGA